AUGGCAGAAUUAUUCGUGAAGCAGGCAAAGGAGUAUUCAGAGAGUAGACCAACUUACCCUCAACAAUUAUUCGAUUUCAUAGCUUCUAAGAGCAUCUCCAAUGAUCUCGCCUGGGAUGUCGGAACCGGCACUGGCCAAGCCGCCCUGUCUCUGGCUGCGAUCUACAACAACGUCAUCACCACCGACACGAGCCCAGCGCAGCUCGAAUUGGCAGCGCCGCACCCAAACAUAACCUACCGCUGCACCACCACCGUCGUCGCCAUGGACGAGCUCCAGACGAAGGUGGGAUCGCAGUCCACCUUCGAUCUCGUGGCGGUCGCACAAGCCAUGCAAUGGUUCGACCGCCUGGCCUUCUACGACCGGGCCAAGUGGCUCCUCAAGAAGCCCGGCGGCGUCCUCGCCGCCUGGUGCUACACCACCCCCGAGGUGGUCGCCACUAUCGAUGCCGUCUUCCACAUUUUCUACACCGUGGAUUCCCAACCAUAUUGGGACUCCGCCCGGGGGGCUUGUGGACGGAAGUAUGAGACAGCCGAGUUCCCGUUUGAACCGGUGGAUGGGCACAAGGACACUUGGCCGGUCCCGUUCAAUGCGGAGAAAGAGAUGGAUUUGGAGGGCUUUUUCACGUAUUUGAGGUCUUGGUCGGCAUAUCAGACAGCGAAGGAGAAGGGGGUGGAGCUGCUCACCGGUGAUGUGGUAGACCGGUUCACUGCGGCCUGGUCCGGAGAUGGCGUGACCAGGAAAACUAAAGUUUUCCCGGUCUACCUCAGGAUAGGGAAGGUCGGUUCAUCAUGAUACA